AUGAUCCAUCGUAGUGACACGUACAUCGUGCCGCUGCUGAGUGCUCAAGAUCGAGACGGCCACUACUCCGACUCGGACGCGGUCGAAAAACGAGACGUUGGUCACUCGACCGACGAAACAGAGCUACGGUGGACAGCCCCGCCGUGCGUGGCGCACAAACACCUCGAUGGCCAUCCUUCCACGCGAGGUCGACCCAACAGCCGCAGAUCCUUUGUGGCUAUCGUCUUCAUUGUGGUCGGAGGCAUCGUGUUCGCAGUUGCCGCCGCGUAUCAGAUCGGUUACCGCGUCUCAGACCUCCACCGGGCGUUCUCCGGGCUCACGCGGACAGGCCCACCCUCGCAUAGCCAGGGGCCAGUCGCAGUAGAGCAAGCCAAGGGGUUGGACUGGUCAGGAGAGUCUGAAUUAUGGAGAAGCUACGAGUGGGCACCCAGGCCACCUCACGAAAGUCUCACCAAGAUGGUCUCGACUCUCACGAAGGUUAGUGCAAGAGUUCGAACUCGCUUGAGGGCACCCCCAGUCGAAAUAGCCGGCGCGAGCUGGAACAUCUCUGCGCUCCCUUUCUUGUCCGGGUUCUGACGAAGAGUUGUCCUUGUGUGUUUAUUUGCCCCGUGUGCAGCAAGAGGCUCAAGUCCGACGAUGGCUUCUCUCGACAAGGCCCGUUGCGCAGAGCGGCACGCCGGUUGGCCUCUCGCAGAGCUCGCCAGUUCCUGCACCGAUCCGGGAAGGGCCUGCAAUGAUCCGAGUACAACAUGGAUUGGGAGGCUAUACGAAUGGGUCGAGGCUAAAGUGAGAUUUGGCAACAUCGCGCCGACCAAGCCUCUGCCAGAUGGGUUCCGUUGACGUUGAUUCCUGUCUUUCUGUGCAGGUACGAGUCGCUGCGGACCGAGUGGCAGACGGGUCGCCAAGAAUCCCAGUGCCGCAAUACCUCGUGGAUGGCCGACUAUGCGACGUUACAUCGUGAGAUGCUGAACGGAGAGCGUCCACCGAAGAUUCUCGAAGUUGUCUGUCCGAAAGGCGCGAUUUGCGGUGGCAGCUCGGAUCGGUGAGUUAUGACCCUGAGCCCGUCCCCAGCGUUGCCAGCAACAACCGGGACUGAUCCGCCGAUGGUUCUCGGGCGUCGCAUCUUUGCUUCGUUAGCCUCUUCGGCUUGUACAGUCUUUUCCUCUACGCCGUCCUGACCAACCGAGCCCUGCUCGUCACUUGGGCCGACCUACCCUUCGAGUUGCUCUACGACGCCGUGCGGAUCGACUGGGCCCAGCCUUACAUGCCCAACUCGGGUCGUUCGAUCCACCCAGGACUCGCGACACUUGAGCCGGAGUUCCUUAACAUCACAAACCCCGAGCGACUCCCCAAAGUCGACGAUCACUCGAUGUCGGGCCUGGAGCGCUUGCUGGCCGUGACGCUGUUCCAGGAAAAGCGGGACGACCCGCCUUGGAUUCAGGUGAGUUUUCAAGGACAAAGGGAAAAGGCGCUGAGGUGCAGCCUCGUCAGCUCGUCAGUCAUUCCACGCCAAGGGAACUGACGCGAUCGAUACUUGGGACGUGGCUUACCCUUAUACAGGCCCAAAUGAACCGAGGAGCAGCGAUCAACUCGUUCGGCUUUGCCUCCGUGGAGCCUACUUUGCGCGCACGAGGCUUCGACCCGGAGACCGUCUACACAUGCAUGACCGACUUUCUCAUCCGCCCCAAGAUCAAUGCGCUGCGCUUCAUCACCGAGUACGAUUCCUUGUUCAACCUACCCACCGUCUUCUCGAUCACGAUUCAGAUCCGGACAGGAGACAAAUCUGUAAGUGUUUGCAAUGAGAUUGGCGCUGCGCGGGCUUGUCUCGUCUGCCGCAACACGGCUUUGCUCGGCAGGUAGCAUCUGUGGUGCGGUAGUACGGGUUUGAUCUCAUCAGCGGCCAUACUGAUCUACGAUACUACCCUCUUCCCCUCUUCCCUUGUACUGUCCUAGUUCGAUCACAGGAAAGACCAGGGCAACACCGUCGACGCUCACCGCAACUUCUUUGAUUGCGCCGACAAGAUCGCCGAACGCUUCGCGCGCCACGACCAAAAGGUCAUCUACUACCUUGUCACGGACUCGCGCGCGUUGGAAGAGGACGCGCUGCUCCAUCUUUCGGAUCGCAUCGUUGUCACUGGGUUGACGCAAGCGCAUCCGGAGCUUCAUUCGGAGGUGACGGACGCGGAAGAGAUGAGGCUGUUGGACGGCACAAGCAAUGCACAGGUGGAGGACUGGAUUAUCGGCAGUGCGUAAUCACGAGCCCCAAAGCUGCCUCGAAUACGUAAGGUUGAGGCACGGUAUGCUGACAUUGUCUUUCUGAUCUGACCACCCGCAGAAACCGACUUCCAAAUCAUCACCCACCUCAGCGGAUUCGGUAAACUUCGUGCGUUUUGCCCAUCUCCGUCCCACUUUCACGGCACGCUCGGCUUUUGUUCGGAUUAAGCUCACCAAGGGCCUUAUCUGACUUACAGCCGUCUUCAUCAAGGGCGUGGAGGGCGCAACGGUCUCCUUGACGAGAGCAGGCGGCCACACGAGUUCGUCUGGCAAACAGACGUCACAGGAUUGUUCGCGGCUCGAUUCGUAAGUUCACUAAGGCGCUCAGUUCGCGAGAGAUGUCGGUUUAAGCUGAUAGAACGUCACCUUAUUCCGGCUUGAUCUUUACUUGCCUAUUCCCUGCUCCGUUCACUUUGUGAUGUUCCCGACAGACUGAGCUCACUCGCUCAACUAGCUUCCACCUGGUGAGUGUCCCAUCUCGCCCUACGUCUCUUCACACUCUUCCGAGUUUGUUAUGCUGAUGCACAUCCGUUUGGUGGUUUGAUCGCUUGGUCAGGUCCAUGGGCUAG